AUGGAAAGUGGGCUAGAAAGAGGUCGGGUAAGACUAAGAGUAGCCAAAGCAUUUAAAGGCAAGAUUGGAGAGGUUUACGGAGAAACAGAGGAAUUGGUAGAUGGCGUGUCUAAAGAAAGCGUUAAUUGGGCAUGUGGCAAAGGAAAUCGAUGGCGUAUGGCUCUAGUGGUCAAAUUUAUCUCGACCAUGGGUUUUGGUGGAGGAAAAGCGGAGGCACUGAAGACCCCGAGAUUGGCAAAAGAAGGGAUAUUGGCAUAUAGGAGAUCAUAA